AUGGCUCCCGCCAAAAAAACCGUGCCUCUCCCCGCCAAGCUCUCCACGCUCGUGCGGCUGCCCCAGUUUUUCUGGUUCUUGGGCCACUUUUUGAGCGUUUUUCUCUUUGUUCUACUCCAAGUGGUGUCGUUUUUCAGCCGCCCAUGGACGAUUUUCCUCUACCGAGCCGUGCUCGGCGCGGAGUUGGUGGCGUACGGCAUUGUGGUCAAACAGCUGGGUUUUUUCCGGCGCUCGGCGGUGAAGGUGCAGCUGCUUCACGACGAAAACGUCCAGUACUUUGUAUUUGCCGUAGUGUUGGCCGUGGCCAGCUACAAAUUGGGGCCGUGGCUGAAGGCGCUCUAUUCGUAUGCCAUCUUCUCGUUUUUUCAUGUCAUGGCCUACUGCCAGUCGCAUCUCUUGGAGGUGAUGCCUAUUCCCAUUGCGACCCAGGCAGCCUGGAGCGACCGAAUCACAUACAUUUCGGCCAACUAUAAUCAGCAGGCGUUGUACUUUGCCGCGAUGAACGAGGUGUUUUUGUUGUACGACUUUUUGUGGGCCGUGCCCACGCUUUUGUUCAAGAUCUUCCGUGAUCCAGUGUAUGUGGUGGUCCAGGCGGCGCUCAUGGUGGCCGUGGCGAUGUUUUUGAAGUUGCGCUAUGUCCACUCGGCGCACACCAAGACGAUAUUGGCGCAGUUGGAUGCGCGGGUGUCGGCGUUGUUGAGCCACCCGGUGGUUCCGCCGGCGUUGUUGCAGUUGUACAGCGUGCAAUUCAAGGGUAUUGUGGCGGCAAUCACGGAUCUGCUUCCCACUCCCGUGCAGCUUACUAAAAAGACCCAGUAG